CUUGCCUUUUGGCAACAGUGUCCGGACAACAUCGUACAUGUUCUAGUCCACAAUGUUUACGAGGCCUCGAAUCAAAGAUAAAGUGAUUAUUUCCGAGUGCACUUGAAGGCAGCACUCUCCCCACCACACCUCUCUCAGACAGUAACGUCACCUACCUGCUGGAUACGGACAGCUGGAGGCUGCAGGCACACAGCGAUUGUUGACGUUUUGUUUUGAUCGGCCUUGUGGGAUUUUUCGAAUAUUACUGGACGUUAUCUGCUGAUUUAGCAGCCCCCCCUUCGACUGCUCCAUCACACGUCAGUGCGGGGAUCCAGCAAAGAUGAAAUGGAUGUUUAAAGAUGACCAUUCCCUCGGUGAUAGUGGAGAAAGUGUCUGGCUCUCAGAUAGUGGACAUCGAUAAGAGGAAAUACUUGGUGCCCUCUGACAUCACAGUGGCCCAGUUCAUGUGGAUCAUCAGGAAACGCAUCCAGCUGCCUUCUGAGAAAGCCAUCUUCCUCUUUGUUGACAAAACUGUCCCCCAGUCCAGUCUGACCAUGGGCCAGCUGUACGACAAGGAGAAGGAUGAAGACGGCUUCCUGUACGUGGCUUACAGCGGAGAGAACACAUUUGGUUACAAGGCCUUUUAUACGACACAGGGUUAAUGCUUCACUGAAUACAGUCUCUCUCUCUCACACAGACACACACAUACACUGGUGCACAAUGUUUCAAACAUCGAACUUUACAUGUUACACAAGUAAUGCACUUACACACUCGGCGCAGUCAUUUAUGGUCAAGUUUUGAUACUAGAAAACACAUGGUGAAAAUGAACUAGAACAAAUAAUUUAGAGCGAACAGACCCAGGCUCAGAUCAUCACCAGUAAGAAAUGUUUGAAUUUACUACUGGCUGGUCUCUUUGUCAUGCUUAAUGUUUAAAGGUCAUUCGUGGAGAGAAACACUGCCGUAAAAUACUGUCGCCACACAUAUUCAUGGACUACGUAUCGACAUCAAUGUUAGAUUUAAAAACAUCAACUGACUUUACACACACACAUUUCCAUCACUUCAGGGGACAGUAUACUGACAUACAUUCAUUUCCUGGAGACCAUAACCAUAACCACUACUUUGGGGCUUACUCUGUGUCCCCAUAAGGACAUCAAGUCCUCACAGUGUGACUAUGUAAACAGAUUUCCAUCCACAGAACAUAAGUAAUUAAACCCCCCACCAUGUCACACAUUGCCCAGUCAUGUUCCUGUUUCUUUCAGUCCAGCUUUACUGUCACAUGCUUUGUCUGCGGUUCACCCGCUGAAGUCCCUGUUUUACCUCUAAACUAACAAGUCCUAGUAAUUUACCUAUAAAUUAGUGUGUUUACACAUUGUGCUUGUAAUACUACUAGUUGAGCUGUGAAGACGCUGACAUUUAACCAAUCACAGGCAGUAGCUCUGUGCCCACCUGCCACCUCCCCCCUCGCAUUCCUGGAACUUGAAUUUCGUACUACCUCCUGAAGGGUGCAAAAUGCAGCUCCCGGAAUGUAAAGUGGGCUGAACACAAAACCCAGGACAAGCAUUACAUGGUUCAACACAUCUCAGUAGUUUCCUGUGGUGGAAAAGCCCUGAAUAGAUGUCAGCACCACCCAUGAUUCAGACCAAUGAUGCAAACAGGAAGUCAUCCUGCCCCUUAGUGAACAGCUAAAGAACUUCAGCACUUUCCUUGAAGUUUAUUGUGAUAUUUUUACCUUGUCCUCACCGAGCAACAGUAUGAACAUUACAAUAGUAUCAGUCUGCAACAUUUCUUGUAGGAGGUACUCAGUGAUGAAGUGCUGCGCUCUCUCAGUUAGUGGUUUCCUAUGUUCUCCAGAAUGCCUUUCAUCAGCCUCCGUGUCUGGUUGAUUGUGCUUUUUCACAGAAGACGUUUUGCCUUGUCCAACACCAGUACAACUAAAAAUAAUAAUUGUUGCAUUCCAUUUCAAAUUCAAAUUUUAUUUGUAUAGCACCAAAUCACAACACAAGUCAUCUCAGGACACUUUACAAACUAAGGUCUAGACCUUACUGUUAUGACCUUACUGUCUUUGGCUGCACAGAUUUCAGUUGUCAAACAAGAACCACUGUUAUCUCUCUUACCUUCUCUUAUCUCUACCCAGAUGACUCUACAGCCAACACUCUGGAUGCAGCUCUUGAUUUUAGUGCUGAAUCAGACCGAAAUGAUGUUCCACGCUUUACGUGACCUGUUAUAAUAGUCAUAACUGUGCACACCAAAGGUGUUUCAAGCUAUUUACCAUUGUAUGUAGAUGUGUAAUAUACUGAUGGAAUGCAAUGUUAUUCAGGGUUGUUUUAUUUUUUCUGUGUUGUAUGAUUAUUAAAUAUAUCUUAAAGACAUAAAGGAACUUUAGCUAUUUGAAAAGGGUAAGGUGGCUGGAAGACCUGACCAAUAAAAUUGAAUGUAAAAUGACUUAUUAGGUGUUUUUGUCAUAUUAAAAGGAAUAUAACUGGCAUGCCAGCAGACUUACACUUCAUAUUGUUCUAAAAUUAAAGGUACUCAUAGCUCUGCUAUGGAGAAAUGUUUUA